AUGCAAAUUUCUCUCUUCACAGUAGCCAUCAUGGCCAUCAGCAGUGCUCGUGCUGCUACCCACAAAGCUGCUGCCUGUGUGUCCAACAGGAUGUCGUCUCCUGUAGGCGGAACCCCGUUCAGCCCAAGUUACAACUGGCAGACCACCUAUGAGGUUCUGGCCGAUGCUACCAAGUGUGCUUGCGAUAUGUACAAGCAGCGAAACACUGGUGGUGAGUGGUGGGACACAUGCACUGAUUGUACUUUUGAUGGAACGAUAUGUAACUCGGCCGACGGCCACAUAGGUGGCGAUGAGUUUACUUAUUACUGCGAAGACAAGUGUGGCGCUCAGGGUGCUGAGGCCGACUAA